AUGCCUUCUUGGCUCCUCACGCUCGGCACCACCUUUGCCCUGGCGCAGACCAUCUCGGGCGCCUACAUCUACAUUAAGACUACCCAACCACCAGCCAACAGUUACGUGAACCAUUGUACCGUCAUCAUCGACCAGGAGCUCUUCGGCUGUGAGGGUAGCUCCAACCCGUUCAAGAAGAAGUGUGGCAAGAACACGGGUACCGAGACCAAGGAGAUCUGUGAGACCGCUUCCGUCACCGUCAAUUGGGACACUGGCGACCUGCAAUUCAAGAAUGAUCAUGGAGAUCACGCCAAUUGCACGCUGAGCACGACCAACGAGUGGGGUGAAUGUGAUACCAGCGAUGCGAACAAGUACCCCAAGAUCCAGGACAACCACGCCGAAAGCCUUUUUAGUGUCAGCAGUGCGUUAUAUGGGUUGGCACCCGUCGCUGCAGGCCUAUUGAUUUAA